AUGCACGCGUGCGCACCCUCGCUCGGAGCAGCAUUUCCAUCCCGUGCGAAAACAUGCGGGUUUUCGCCAGUGGUAACCACACCGUCAGUUGCUCUCGCCAUCCGCCGUGAGGCGCCAUGGCAUUGCUCGCGCUUCGUCGCCGAGCUCUCGCGCAAACAGUCGCCUGGCAGUCGCAUGUUUAAUCAGUCACAGGCCGUCGCGCACUAUCGCAGCGUAGGCUCGCAGCGCGGUGCAGGCGUCGCACGAGCUGCGAAGCGACAAUCAGGAGGCAGCGCGAAACAGUCCCGUGGCAGUAGGAAGACCAGCAGACCACCUCCGCCAGGCGCGCCGAGCCAGCAGCAGCCGGAGCGCUUGAAUGACAGUCAAUCGAGUCAACCCGAUCAACCAGAGCAGCCACAGAAAUCAACCCAGGAAACGUCGGAGUUGACUCAUGCGUCUGAUAAUGCGAGUCAACGAAGUCAAUCGAGUCAACCAUUGUCAUCGACAGCUACACUCGCUGCCUGUCCAGCUUCUCCUUCCCCUUCUACACCCGACAGCACUCAAAAGUCACCGCCGAUAGCCUCACCCGCUGCUUCUUCAGAUUCUCCUUCCUCUUCCGCCCCUGCUGCCCCUGCUGCCCAUGUCGCUGUCGCUCCUAGAGAGGAGGUUUGGCGGGCCUGCCUAACCACGUCAGGAGGCUUGGCCGUAGCUGGACUGCUGGUCAGACAGCUAUCCGCAUGGGGGCAUGAUGCUGGUACUCCCAUCACUGACUGCCUGCAAGCCAUGCCAUUGAGCCUAUCACCAGCCAGCGUACCUCUCGCCCUCACAGCAGCAGCCAUCGUGUCAGCAGCUCGCCUUGCUCUGCUGCGCCUCUCCCCGGCCUUCCUCGCUGCUACCAACGCCUCCAACACACGGGCUCUCUCAAACCUUAACGCCACGGACCUCAUCUGGGUGUCGCUCCUCCCAGGCAUCUCCGAGGAGCUGCUGUUCCGAGGAGCACUGCUGCCGCUGGUGGGGGUGAAUGCAGCGGGGGUGAUAGUAUCGGGGGCUGUCUUUGGUGUACUGCAUAUCACGGGUGGUCGCAACCUCACCUUUGCUGCCUGGGCAUCGAGUGUGGUGUGUGUGUAUGGCGUGCUGGCGAUGGCAACAGAGAGGGUUGCUACAUUCACUUACCAAUUUCACACAUCAUACACCCGCCCGGCCCCUCCUCCCUUCCCAUUCGUCCCAGGGCAUCGAGUGUGGAGUGUGUGUAUGGUGUUCUGA